AUGAGAGCUCAUACUGGAGAGAAAUCAUUAACUUGUGUUCAGUGUGGGAAGAUUUUCUCACAAUCAGCACAUCUUAAUGAUCAUAUGAACAUUCACUCUGGAGAAAAGCUGCACACAUGUAAUCAGUGUGGUAAAAAGUUUUUAUGGGCUUCAGUUCUGAAGAAACACUUGAAAGUUCACUCAAAGAAGACGCAUUCAUGUAAUUUGAAUUUUUCAAAUUUAAAGGUGUGUCAAAAACAUACUACUGUAGGAGAGUACAUGUGCUUUGAGUGUGAAAAGACUUUCACAUCAGCGACCAGUAGAAAACUGCAUGAAAGCAUCCACACUGGAGAAAAACAUCUCAAGUGUUCACACUGUGACAAAAGAUUUAAUCAUUCAGCACAUUUGAAAACGCAUGAGAGGAUCCACACUGGAGAAAAACCUUAUAAGUGUUCACAUUGUGAAAAGAGAUUCAGUGAUUUAUCAAAUCUAAAAGCACAUGAGAGGAUCCACACUGGUGAGAAACCUUAUAAGUGUUCGCAUUGUGACAAGAGAUUCAGGGAAACAUCAAAUCUAAAAGCACAUGAGAGGAUCCACACUGGAGAGAAACCUUACAAGUGUUCACACUGUGACAAAAGAUUUAAUCAUUCAGCACAUUUGAAAACGCAUGAGAGGAUCCACACUGGAGAGAAACCUUAUAAGUGUUCACACUGUGACAAGAGAUUCAAUAAGUCCGGAGACAUGAAAGCACAUGAGAGGAUCCACACUGGAGAGAAACCUUAUAAGUGUUCACACUGUGACACGAGAUUCAGGGAUUCAUCAAGUCUAAAAAAACAUGAGAAAAUUCACACUGGAGAGAGACCUUAUAAGUGUUCACACUCUGACGAUAUUCAAUAAGUCAGGAGACCUAGAAAACACAUGAGAGGAUCCAACCUGCAGAGAGACUAUCACUGCAACAUGACGAAGCAUUAUCUAAAGUUACCACAAUGAAUAAAUGUCAUCUUCAUCUUCAAAACCAGGGAAUUCAACUGUGAGAUUCAGAUAAACACAAUUUUGGACUUCCUGCCUAAAGAACAAUGUCAAAAAGUUUUAUUCUUGUAUGCCAUUUUGCUUCAUGAUAAAAAUUAUAUCAUUGUGUUUUCUUAUGAGUUUCAUAAUAUAAUUUCAAUUGUCUUAUAAUGCAUAUUAGAUUAGAUUCAACUUUAUUGUCACUGCACAUGUAAGGUACAAGGCAAAGAAAUGCAGUUAGCAUCUAACCAGAAG